CUAUUUUCGGGAAUAGGGACGUUACUUGACAGGAAGGGUUAGCUAGAAAGAUUAUGUAUGUGCUUUUGACCAGAAGGGAAAGAAACUCGUCGGGCAAAAACAAAUUCGUUUGGAAUAUUGACAUGACUAAGGAUAUUUUCUUGUCAAGAUCAACUCAGUCUUUAUAGUUUCACAACGGAUAAUUAUAUUCGGGAUCUACAAACAGAACGAUACGGAAGUAAACUUGCCAUCUGGCUAGCUUGCUAACGGCUAGAGUCUGGAUGCCAAGUCUGGGGGUGAUGGAGCUGGGCAGGCAACUGUGUGGGAAGAUGAGGAGGUCGAGGAGGGCCGAGGGCCCCGUCACUGUGACCAUGAGAGGUCUGGAGAUUCAUUUCUACCUACCAGAUACUCACCCGCUGGAGUUCCUCAAAGACAGCUUCACCGCUGAGGAGCUGUGUGUGGAGGCCGCCAAAAGAUGCUGUAUCUCCCCCCUGUGCUGUAAUCUGUUUGGUCUGUAUGAUGAGAACCAACAGCUGUGGUACGCUCCCAACCACGUCAUCAAGGUUACUGACGAGACCUGCAUCAAGCUGCACUACCGCAUGAGGUUUUACUUCACUAACUGGCAUGGUACCAGUGAGCGUGAGUCUCCAGUGUGGAGACACUGUAUCAGUAAGCUGAGGGGAGGUCUCGGCCCACAGAGGGCCCCUGAAGGUAUACCCCUACUGGACGCGGCCUCCCUUGACUACCUGUUCGCCCAGGGCCAGCAUGAUUUCCAGAAGGGUCUGGCUGUGGUUCGUUGCCCCCAGAGUGAGGCAGAGCAGCAUGAGAUAGAGAAUGAGUGCCUGGGCAUGGCUGUGCUGGCCAUCACUCACUAUGCUAUGACCAGAGAGAUUCCCCUGUCUACUGCCUCCAAUGAGAUCAGCUACAAGCGUUUCAUCCCGGAGAAACUGAACAAGCAAAUCAAACAGCGGAACAUUCUCACCCGGCUCCGCAUCAACAACGUCUUCAAGAACUUCCUGAAUGAGUUCAACAGUCGCACUGUUCAGGACAGUAACAUCACACUGUACGACCUGAAGAUUAAGUACCUGUCCACCCUGGAAGGCCUGACCCGGGGCCUGGGGAGGGAGAUGCUGGAGCCCAGGGCCCUGGUAGUUACCCAAGAGGUAGAGACCAAUGGGGGGCUGAGCCACGGGCCGGAGUCCUCCCUGGCCAUGGAGGUCCAGGUUACUGGCACCACAGGGAUAUCAUACAGGAGGAAGCCCCCUAAUAAUACCUUGAUCCUGAAAGAGAAGAACAAGUCCAAAAAGAACAAGUUUGAGGGCAAACAGACCAAGACCAAGAAGAAAGACGCCAGCGACGGCUGGGUGACAUUCUGUGACUUCCACGAGAUCACACACAUUGUCAUCAAAGAGUCCACUGUCACCAUCUUCAGACAGGAUAACAAGAAGAUGGAGGUGCAGCUGGAGUUUAAAGGAGAGGCGUUGGCGUUCGCUGCCCUGGUGGAUGGGUACUUCCGUCUAACGGUAGAUGCCCACCACUACCUGUGUACAGAGGUGGCCCCUUCCUCUGUGGUACAGAACCUACAGAACUGCUGUCAUGGACCUAUCUGUACGGAGUAUGCCAACCAGAAGCUUCGUCAGGAGGGCAACGAGGAGGGAACCUACGUCUUGCGCUGGUCCUGUACUGACUACCAUUACAUCAUCAUGACCGUGGUCUGCAGCGAGUUGGAUCUGUGCGAGUCGAGACAGGUGCGUCAGUAUAAGAACUUCCAGAUCGAGGUGGGUUCAGAGGGUUUUCGUCUGUACGGGACAGAGACCUACAGGUCAUCUCUCAGAGAGCUGCUAGACCACCUGUCUGGACAGAACCUCCGUACCGACAACCUCCGCUUCCAGCUCAGCCGCUGCUGCCCCCCACAGCCCAGAGAGGUGUCCAACCUGCUGGUGGUAACUAAGGACAGAGUGCUGGUUCCCCAGACAACCCUGCAGGAGAGUCAACUCAGCUUCCACAGAAUUCUCAAGGAGGAGAUCGUGCAGAAACACCUGGGGCUGGGUACCCGAACCAACAUCUAUGCUGGAGUACUGGAGGUGAAGAGUGAGGAGGAUGCAGGCUACUAUCCCUCUCAGGAACUCAAAGUAGUGCUGAAGGUUGGGUCCGGACACAGAGACAUCUCCCUGGCCUUUUUUGAGACAGCUAGUAUGAUGCGGCAGGUCUCCCAUAAGCACAUCGCCCUGCUCUAUGGAGUCUGUGUACGCCACCUUGAGAAUAUCAUGGUGGAGGAGUUUGUCCAGUUAGGUCCGUUGGAUGUGUUCAUGCGGAGACAAUGCAGUCCUCUCAGUACACCAUGGAAGUUCCAGGUGGCCAAACAACUGGCCAGCGCUCUCAGCUACCUGGAGGAUAAGAAGCUAGUGCAUGGCUUUGUGUGUACCAAGAACAUCCUGCUAGCCAGAGACGGAGUGGACAGUGAGGGAGGACCCUUCAUCAAACUCAGCGACCCCGGCAUACCCAUCACUGUGUUGACCAGAGAGGAGUGUGUGGACCGGAUCCCCUGGAUUGCUCCAGAGUGUGUGAAGGACUCUGCCAACCUGAGUGUAGCGGCUGAUAAAUGGGGCUUCGGCACAACACUGUGGGAGAUCUGCUAUGACGGAGAAGUGCCUCUCAAAGACAAGAAACUCACAGAGAAAGAGAGGUUCUAUGCAGCAGAGUGUCAGUUAGCUACUCCAGACUGCAAAGAGCUGGCUGAACUGAUGACCCAUUGUAUGACCUUCGACCCCCGCAAACGCCCGUUCUUCAGGGCCAUCGUCAGAGACAUAGACACCCUGGAGGAACAGAACCCCUCUAUCAAGCCUGUACCCACUCUGGAGGUCGACCCCACUGUGUUCGAGAAGAGGUUCCUCAAGAAGAUUCGAGAUUUAGGAGAGGGUCACUUUGGCAAGGUGGAGCUGUGUCGGUAUGACCCCAGAGGGGACCGGACAGGGGAGCUGGUAGCAGUGAAGAGUUUAAAGCCAGAGAACAGAGAGGAACAGAGCAGCAACCUCUGGUGUGAGAUAGGAAUCCUUAAAGAACUUUACCACCACAACAUUGUCAAGUACAAAGGCAUCUGUCAGAGGAGAGGAGGCAGAGCCAUCAAGUUGAUCAUGGAGUACCUGCCUGCUGGCAGUCUGAAGAAUACCUCCCCCGCAACAAAGCCAGACCAGCCUGAAGACUCUGCUCAGUUACGCUGUCCAAUCUGUCAGGGAAUGGACUAUCUUGGAUCUCGGAAUUACAUCCACCGGGAUCUGGCGGCCCGGAACGUUCUGGUGGAGAACGAGAGCACGGUGAAGAUCGGAGAUUUCGGACUUACCAAGAGCAUCAAGGACAACGAGGGAUAUUACACGGUCAAAGAUGACCUGGACAGCCCUGUGUUCUGGUAUGCCCCAGAGUGUCUGGUCCACUGUAAGUUCUACCUGGCCUCUGAUGUCUGGUCCUUCGGUGUCACGAUGUAUGAACUACUCACCUACUGUGACUCUGCCAUCAGCCCCAUGACGGUGUUCUUGAAGAUGAUUGGUCCCACUCAGGGUCAGAUGACUGUGACGCGAUUGGUCAAGGCGCUGGAGGAGGGAAAGAGGCUGCCCCGCCCUGAGAGCUGUCCUGGAACGGUGUAUGAGCUGAUGAGGAAGUGUUGGGAGAGCACCCCCGACAGGAGGAUCACCUUCAAGAGCCUCAUCGACGAGUUCACCCGCAUGCUUGCCAACAACAGCUUGUAACCACAGCAACCACCCUCUACGCAAAGCCUUACCUACCACUGAUACAAUCCCAGGGGUCAAGGGUGAAUGGUUAAGGGUCACAGACUAUGGUGACCUGGACCAAAAAAAA